UGGAGCGCCAGGACACAGCCAGCACCUGCCUCCGGGGGCGGCGCGGCUCCAGGCGGGCGCCGUGUCCUCCCGUGGCAUGAGCGCCAGCGCGUGGAGCGUCGAGGAGAGCGCCCGCCUCAUCCCGGGGAGCGUCUCCGACUGCGUCAUUAUCCUCGAGGACACCACUCACAACACAUGGUAUGGUAUCAUCACGUCGUCGGGGCGCAUCGGCGAGCGGCUGAGCGCCUCUGGCACGCGCCUCAACUCGUCCAGCCCUGUGCCUUACGGCGGCGGCGGCGGCGGAGGCAACAAGAGCAGCACGGAGAGCGUGCGCGGCCUCAAGUCCGUCUCGCGGCAGAGCCUGCUCGACAUCGUCAGCUGCCGCUUCGGCGUCGGCCGCACCGCCCGACAGCAACAUCAGCACACAGGGCGGUCGUACUUCUCGUCGUCGCGGGACUCGCUGUCGGCGGCGUACGUGAACCGCGCGGCGGCGGUGUCGACGGCGGCCAGCGAGCUGGACCUGUCGCGGAAGGCGCGCCGGCGCGAGCUGCGCGGCCGCCUCAAGCUGCCGCCCGCCACCGCCGCCUUCGCCAAGUCCGCCGCCGGCUGCGGCGCCGACGCGCCCUCCCUGCUCGGCCGCUGGGGCGAGCGCGCCUCGGGCAGCAUGGGCCCCGGUGAUCCUCCUUGACAUACUCACGUCGUUUCAUUAUCUGGGUGUAACGGUACCCCUGCGAGACGGCUGCAGCAGCGCCACCUGGGCUACUACCCGCGGCUGCGCGCCGGCGCGCCCAACUGGUCGUUCGUGUUCGACCCCGCGGGCCGCCUCUGCUACUACUGGUCCAUGGUCGUCUCGCUCGCCUUCCUCUACAACUUCUGGGUCAUCAUCUACCGGUUCGCCUUCCAGGAGAUCAACGGCGAGACGAUCGUGGUGUGGUUCUGCCUCGACUACCUGGCAGACUUCCUGUACCUGGCCGACAUCGUGUUCCACUUCCGAACGGGUUACCUCGAGGACGGCGUGCUGCAGACGGACUCGACCAAGCUGCGCCACCACUACAUGAACUCCACCACCUUCUACAUCGACUGCCUGUGCCUGCUGCCGCUCGACUUCCUCUACCUUUCGAUCGGCUUCAACUCCAUCCUGCGGUCGUUCCGCCUCGUCAAGAUCUACCGCUUCUGGGCCUUCAUGGACCGCACCGAGCGGCACACCAACUACCCGAACCUGUUCCGGUCCACCAGCCUCAUCCACUACCUGCUGGUGAUCUUCCACUGGAACGGCUGCCUGUACCACAUCAUCCAGAAGAACAACGGUUUCGGCAGCAAGAACUGGGUGUACAACGACAGCGAGAGCGCCGACGUGGUGAAGCAGUACCUGCAGAGCUACUACUGGUGCACGCUGGCGCUGACCACCAUCGGCGACCUGCCGAGGCCGCGCAGCACCGGCGAGUACGUCUUCGUGAUCGCGCAGCUGCUGUUCGGCCUGCUGCUGUUCGCCACCGUGCUCGGACACGUCGCCAACAUCGUCACCAGCGUCAGCUCCGCGCGCAAGGAGUUCCAGGCGAAACUGGACGGGGUGAAGACGUACAUGCGCAUGCGGCGGGUGCCGAGCCACCUGCAGGUGAAGGUGAUCAAGUGGUUCGACUACCUGUGGCUGACGCAGAAGUGCUCCGACGAGGAGAAGGCGGUCAGCUGCCUGCCAGACAAGCUGAAGGCGGAGAUCGCCAUCAACGUGCACCUGGACACGCUGAAGCGCGUCGAGAUCUUCCAGAACACGGAGGCGGGCUUCCUGUGCGAGCUGGUGCUGCGACUGCGCCCCGUGCUCUUCUCGCCCGGCGACUACAUCUGCCGCAAAGGGGAGGUCGGUAAGGAGAUGUACAUCGUGAACAGGGGCCGGCUGCAGGUGGUGGCGGACAACGGCAAGACGGUGCUGGCCACGCUCAAGGCGGGCUCCUACUUCGGCGAGAUCAGCAUCCUCAACAUGGGCACAGCAGGUACUAGUCUCGGCAACCGCCGGACAGCGUCGGUCCGGUCGGUGGGCUACAGCGACCUGUUCGUGCUGAGCAAGAAGGACAUGUGGGACGUGCUCAAGGAGUACCCGGCGGCCAGGGUGCGCCUCGAGGCCAUCGCGGUGAAGCGGCUGGAGAAGUACAAGCGGGCGCCCCUCGAGAAGGCGGCGAUGGGGCGCAGCCAGUCGACGCCGGGCCUGGUGGAGUCUCGCGGCCGCAUCCCGCUGGAGGACAUGUGGGUGUCGCCGCUGGAACCGCUGCUCACCGGAGGCUCGUCCUCGGGGCCGCCGCCCUACUCCGCCAACUCGCUCUUCAGCCCCGCGCUCAGCCCCACCUCCCGGUCGCUGGCGUCGCACCUGCGGCCGGCCGAGUCUCCGCUGUCGGCCACGUCGAGCGUCCACUCCUCCGACGACGAGCGGCGGGCGCCGGGGGCGGCGUCGCGGACCUGCCCGCCGCCAGAGCCGCCGAGUUCGCAGAGUGACGAGCAGCAGGACGAUGCCUUAAUCGCGGAGAUCAAGCGUCUGCGCGAGCGGCUCAUGGUGCUCGAGACGGAGAACGCGUCGAUGAGCAUCAAGCUGAGCCAGCAGCAGUGGGAGGUGGAGCACCGCCUCGCCGAGAUCGAGAUGCAGAUCUGCGGCGCGUCCAGCGGCGGCUCCAGCACCGAGGACAACGAGCGCAACCGCGAGUCCAUCAUUUAA